ACGUGACGUGACGCAGAACGACAGGGCGGGGCCAAUUGUGGGCGAGUUUGUCACGUGACCCCUCGCGAGCGUCCUUAAACCAGUGGCGCGAGUCUUUCUGCACACGAAGCAUUUCCUUUGUUAACUUUUGCACCUUUUAACGGACUGCAAGAUGAGUUUCGGUGCCAAAGUGAGACAUGGCCGAGCUAAGAACAACGAGAACGCAAAAGUGGGCGUCAAGAGCUUUUUCUCGCAAGCGCCUGAGUCCUCGAGUUCUUCCAGGACGAAGUUGCAAGUCCUCCAGCCCUUGUCAGUCAACAGUGAUUUGGGAAAGUCGACUCAGGCGGCAAAGGGUGCCAUCCCCAAACGCAAACAGUGGCUUGACCGCCAAAGCAGAGGCUUGAAAAGGGUGAAGGUGGAAGUGAAGUCAACACAGACUGAAGAUGUUUCUGCUUUGAACGAUGAUGCCUACGAGCUUAUGAUCAAAGAAACGCCUCCUCCUGCUUACUGGAAGGAAAUGGCAGAAGAGCGUCGCAAGGCUUUGUUUGAUGUUCUACAGGAGAAUGAAAAGCUGCACAAAGACAUUGAGGCCAAAGAUGAGCAAAUUGCUCAGCUGAAGAGCGACAACGAGGAGCUUCGCGAGCUGGCCGAUCACGUCCAGUACAUGGCCGACAUGAUCGAGAGGCUGACUGGGAAGGGACCGGACAACCUGGAGGAACUGAAGGGCCUUGCACUGAAUGAAGAACAAGGGCAACGUGAUGUGGCAGAAGAUGAAGAUGAUGGUGAGGAACAUGAAGAUUACAGUCACAGUGAGGCAGAGGAACAAACUUCAGAUGAUGUGGAUGAAGAGCAGCAGCAGCAGCAUUAACUCUUCCCAAGGGAUAUGAGAGGCAUGUCCAAAAUGGCUCCAAAUAAAGUAUGUUUUCUCCAAUUGAAAUGUAUUUUAAAGUUGUUGGAAGUCCAUAGGAGUGGCGUCCUCCAACACAUGUGGCCCUGUCAAUGUUCCGAGACCAAAUGACUACUUUUUUUUUUUUCAUUUGCUGGGAGGCACUUGAAUGUUUUGAUGUACAUGCUGUAUUUUAAAAUAAAUGUUUUACACAACGU